AGUCAUGCACAGGAAAACCAAGAGCACUUGCUACUUCAUGGCAAGAACAAUAGAGAGGCUGUUAGUGUGCUCUGAGGCUUUCUGGAGACGAGUUUAACUCGGAAAGCUAAAUUAUUGCUGACAGAGGAAUUAUUAAGGACGUAAACCCUAGGACAUACUCUAUAUAACUAUUAACUGUGCAUUUACUGUAUUGCACAUGAAAAGCUCAUGAUCAUGUCUCUGCCAGAGGAGGAUCUCACAUGUCCAAUAUGCUGUGACAUCUUUACGGACCCGGUUUUGCUGUCAUGUAGCCACAGCUUCUGCAGGAGCUGUCUGAAACGCUGCUGGGAAACAGGGAUACGUGAGUGUCCAGUAUGCAGGAAGAAAGCCUCCAAGGCCAGUCCUCCCACCAAUUUGGCUCUGAAAAAUGUCUGUGAAGCUCUUGUGGAGGCCAGGAGGAGUUCAUUGGUGGUGGAGGAGAAGAUGAACUGUAAUCAGCAUGGGGAGAAGUUAAAACUUUUCUGUCUGGUUGACAAACAGCCUAUCUGCGUCGUGUGUCAGUCCUCCAAACUGCACAAGAAUCAUGACUGCUCGCCUAUAGAAGAAGCAGUGCUGGACUGCAAGGAUGAACUUGCUGUAUCUCUCAAGAACCUUCAAGAUAAAGUGGACAGCCUCAAAAGAAUUCACACGACCUCUGCAGACAUAUUCAAGUACAUUAAGACUCAGUCAUUGGAAACGCAAAAAAUGAUCAAGAGCCAGUUUGAGCAGCUCCAUCAGAUCCUCCGCCAAGAACAGUCAGCCAGAAUAGCAGCAGUGAAGAAAGAAGAAGAAGAAAAGAUUGCAGGAAUGAAGGACAGGAUUAAAGAGCUUUCAGCAGAAGUGCUGUCGAUCGCAGAGACCAUCUCAGUCAUACAAGAGCAGCUGAAGGAAGAGGAUAUGGUCUUAUUGAAGAAUUUCAAAGACACACAGGAUAGAGAAAAAAACACAGUGCUUGGUUCAGACAACAUGUCUGGGUUUCUGAUCGAUGUGACAGUGCAUCUCUGCAAUCUUCAGUAUAAUGUCUGGGAGAAAAUGCUGGACCAUAUUGACUACAUCCCUGUGACUUUGGACCCAAACACAGCGCACCCCUGCCUCAUCCUGUCUGACGACCUCACUUCCCUCCACUACUCAAAACAGCACAGCUGUUGUCCUGACAACCCAGAGCGCUUUCAUAUCAGUGCUGAAGUUGUAGGCAUGACCGCGCUGGGUUCAGGAAGCCACCAUUGGGUCGUGGAAACAGGAAGUAAUCAGGACUGGCUGCUGGGCGUGGCCUCUUUGUCUGUACCACGGAACUCUGAAAUCUCUGCUCGGCCUGAGAAUGGCUUCUGGACUUUGUGUUUCCGGGACGGAGAGUUCAGGGCAAUGACCUCUCCACCCACACCACUGACAGUUACAAAAGUGCCAAAAAAAGUCAAAGUGUUGCUGAAUUACAACAAAGGGACGGUGUCUUUCUUUGAUGCUGCUGGUGAAACACCCAUUUAUUCAUUCACAGACACGUUCACAGAAACUUUACUUCCAUAUUUUUAUACACAGAGCAGUCAUCCAUUGAGAAUAUUACCUGAGAAGGUACUUGUCACCAUGUUACGUCAAUAAGUGGAUGAAGGUUUUACUAAUUAUGCAAGAAAUAUGAUCACAGCCCUGUUUUGAUGGAUGACAUCAAUGUCAAAAAGUUAAAAGUUAGGAUUAUUGGAAUGACCAGCUGUAAUGGUAAUUUCUCUCACAUAUUUUGUGCAAAGUAUGAUUCAUUCAAGUCAUUUAACAGCUUCAAAAACUCCUACACUUAAAUGUCUGUAUGAAAAAUAUGGAAAUACAAGCUUAGCAUAGCAUAAAGACUGGAAACAGGAGCAAGCAGUGAUCCUGGCAUCCUCGCCUUCCAACACCCAUAAAGACCAGCAUUUAAAACCUUCAGAAAUAGCCAGGCUAGAUGUUUCCCCCUAUUUCCAGUCUUUGUGCUAAGCUAACUGGCAGCUGACUCCAGCUACCUUUACUGGAAGAAAGAAUCAAUAUGGUUCAAAGUUUCUGUAUGUAACAUUCAGUAAUACUGCAGCAAACCAUUAGCUAUGAAUAUAUAUAGUGGAGUAAUGCCUUAUUGAGCAGAGAAUGAAGUCAUGCUACCUCUGUUUUUGUUGUAAUCUGAGCUUCUCUGUUGUUUGUUGUGGUAGAUCUGCUGUGUGUGCUUGUUAAUGCAUGAACGUACCCCACUGGCUAGCUCUUUGUCGCUGCUUUGCACUUAUCCAGCAGGUGUCUGAUAUCAGGGUAGUGUCAUUGCAGAAGUGUUGUGCCCACCCUCAGGUUUCCCUCUGCUUAAAUCUGAAAGCUCUUUUGGUACUGUUGCCAUUAUUUAGGGCUGUUUAAGGAGUUAGCACAGCUAGCUGCUAGCCACAAGCUCUACCACCUCCAGGUUGGGAACCACAUCCAGACAACUGUGCUGAAUGUCACAUAGAGCCCCUUUCACCAUUCUUGGUAGUGUAAGUGGCCAAAAAUGACAUGUAAAUGAUAUUUGAGUAAAGUUGAUCUUGAGUUAAAUUGGCAUAUAAUUUGGGGAUGAUUGCUAAAUUGCAAAUAUAAUAUAAAUCUUCAUUGUUGUUUGUGGUUGAAGAGGGGAGUGCACAAUUGCAUGUGAUGAAAAUGAUUAGAUAAAUAUCAAGUUUCAUAGAUGGGUGUUAGUGUGCUGCAAGCCCUUUUGUAAUUUUGCAUUUUCUUUAUUUGCCUGAGACUUAAAUCAAAAUCACUGAUAUCCAAAUCACUACUGUAAAAAGAAUCCUCUUUUGAUAAUGACCAUUUUAUGUUGCAUGCAGAUGAGGGAGGUAUUUUUGACCCAUUCAGCACCAUGCACUUUAAGAAAUACACACCUCACUCACACGGGUCAGGCCUAUGUCACAUUAUGAGACACAUGGAGGGAUUAGACACACUUUUGUUUAUUGUUCUCUUGUGCACACAUGAUGGCGCCAAAGUCAAACAAAUAUUUUUGAAGGAUUUCAUAACAGUGGAGAGUGCAAUGAACACAAAAACCUCAUGCUGCUUUUUGGAAUUAUACAUCUGGAAAAUGAUCAGUUUAUGAAAGAUAAAAUAAAAACUCUGACUUUCCACUUAUUGACUCUGUAUUGAUGGUUUGUUUUGUUUUGUC